AUGGCUCAAAGUUUCAAGUUUUCGCUCCUCCUUCUCCUCUUCGUGUAUAUCGUUCACCAAAGCAACGGCACCUUAUUUGACCUCGAAGACGUUAUUUACGAAGUUCUCCUGCGAAGUUGCUCUUACAAUGAAAGGCUGGCAACUUUUGAUGUCACUGGAGAUAACAAAACCCGAGGUCCCAUUGAAAACCUCGUCAAGUACCCACCAGUCAAGUUCAAUGUCGGCCGGGUGGUCUACCAGUCCGCUAAAAUACAGUCUCUAAAGCUGUCUGCUGUAUACGUGCAGAUAUUUCACAACAACCAGUCUGACGAGGAGGGUAAGGCGUACAUAUCGGAGCAAGUAGACCACGAAGACGAGUACAUGUGGUCCGUCACCAGGGGAGCAGAUUUCACCGCUAAAGCCAAGUUCAGUAUAAGCGUGCCGCUAAUUUAUCAGUUCUCGACAGAAUUUUCGACAACAGUGAAGACAAGCUCUGGAUCAACCACAACCGAAACACGCACUACGCGACAACUGAUUAAACAAGAUAUAAAAAUACCCCCUGGAGCUACUAUCGAAGCCAAGUGGUAUGUCAACGAAGCACAAGUGGUGGUGCCGUGGGUAGCAGACAUCUCCUUCGAGGGAUACGUUGCAGCAUUGUAUGAAACGCCCGACAAGAAACUAACAUGGAAGUACUUAAACGUGCAAGGUUUCGAACACGAACAUCUAAAAAAACACGGGAAAAACGUCACGUUUCAGGCAUUAGGGCUGUUCCAAGCAAAUGUAGCUCAGAGCUACCACCUCUCCACCAGCCAGAAAAAAUUAGCACAGCGCACCGCAAGCCUGGCGAAAUAUACGUUUGAGCAAGAAACUUCAUGA